UAAAAACCUACAUCGGUAUCAUAUAAAAGCCACACCCAUCCAUUGCAGAAAACAUCAUUCGCUUUUGAUCGCUCCAUCUGAUCAGUCCAAACACCACUUAGUUCGACGGUAGCAUCCAACAUGAAGGCGUUCGUUGUGUUGUCUAUGGCUUUGGCCGUUGCUUCCUGUGCGGCAGUUGACGAUUCCUCUAGCAAGAAGGACAAGCGCGGUCUGUGGGAUUUGGGUUACGGACACGAUUCGCAUGGAUUCGAUGACUAUCACUCAGUAAACCACCUGACCACAACUAUCACCAAAAAAGUCCCAGUUCCCUACCCAGUUGAGGUUGAGAAACACGUACCAGUCCAUGUGAAGGUCCCAUACCCAGUAGAGGUCGAAAAGAAGGUUCCAGUGUACGUUGAAAAGAAGGUUCCCGUGUAUGUGGAGAAGAAGGUUCCAGUCCAUGUCGAUCGUCCCGUUCCAUACCCAGUCGAAGUGAAAGUCCCAGUUGUCCAGAAGGAAUACGUCGAAGUGCCGAAACCGUACGCAGUUCAUGUUGAGAAGCCCGUUCCAGUGGUCGUUCACAAGCCAGUGUACGUUGAGAAGCCUGUGCCCGUGACCGUCACCAUCAAGAAGCACGAGAAGAAGCACUGGUGGUAAUUUUUGUAAUUGUUGCACUCAAUAAAACAAUCUGUUUUCAUAAUCAA